UGUCAACGUGUGUACAGUAGCCGUGUUCACCUUGAGGCUGCUGUUUGCGCAUCUCGGGGCGUGGGUUCACAUUCCAGGCGGUGUCUCGUGAUGUCAGUGACGACAAUGAAAGCAUUUCAAGUAUUUUACUUCCUUCUUCACCGUCGCUAUAAGAGAGAGGUCCUGGUCCAGCGUCUCUCUGAGCGACACAGCGAGCGAUCCCAGCAAAGCCCAUGGGUCAUGGCGAGCGCGACUCCCAGUGAGAGUGUGGAUAGUGAGUUGCGCUGCUCCAUUUGCCUGGAGACGUUCGUCUGCCCCUCCACGCUGAGCUGCGGACACUCGUUCUGCCUGCGGUGCCUGGAGGCCGCCUGGAAAACGGCGAGAAGCUUCAGCUGCCCGCAGUGCCGAGCGGCCUUCCCUGUGCGACCCCAGCUGAGGAGGAACGUGGCCCUCGCCAACCUGGCGGAGCAGCUCAGAGUUGGAGACGGGAUGGCCACGGCCGUCGUGUGUGACAACUGCGGUGACGGCCAAACUCCUGCAGUGAAGACCUGCGUGAGAUGCGAGAUGUCAUUCUGUGUGACGCACGCGAGGCCUCAUGUAGAGAAUCCCAGGCUGAGUGACCACGUCCUGGUGGCUCCCAUCGCGAACCUGGAGGAGCGAAAGUGCCGUGAGCACAGUGAGGAGCUGAAAUUCUACUGCACAGUAGACAGCAGCCUGGUCUGCUCAACUUGCACAAUCGCAGGAGAACACACAGGACACAAGGUCCUGACGCUGAAGAAGGAGCACGAGACACGGAAGACGCGCGUAGGGGAGGAGACGCGAGCGGUGGAGAAGAAGAGGAAGGAGGCGGAGAAGUCCGUGGAGCGGAUGGAGGCCGCUCGCAUGGAGGCGCAGGUAUCGGUGGCCGGGAUCAGGGGUCGCAUCACGGGCAAGUUCGCCCGCCUAAGGAAGGCUCUGGACGAGGACGAGAAGGAGGCUCUCCAACGCGUGGCCGUGAAGGAGCGCAAGCUGCUGUCCCGGAUAGACGAGGAAAUCGCUCGUCACAAGCGGGAAAUCGGGGAACUCCAGGGAGUGGCUACUCGCCUGCGUGCACUGCAGCACGAGAGGGAUUCGUUCGCCUUCUUGCAGGGUCACGUGGAGGUGACGCGCAGGAGAAAGUUCCCAAAGGAAUCUGCACCCUCACCUCCCACUUCAAUGGACGCCGCCACGAUGCUCUCCCUUGAAAGGGUCGUGAACAGAUUCCUGCCUUUCGCUUAUGGAUGCUCACCGACUCUGGACACAAACUCAGCCCACCACAACCUCCAGAUUUCCUCAGAUCUCAGGACGGUGACGGUGAGCGAUGUCACCCAGGGUCGCUCUCAUCACCCACACCGCUUUGAUGUCUAUCAACAAUCCCUGUGCUCUGAGAGCUUCUCGUCGGGUCAGCACUACUGGGAGGUGGACGUGGGGAGCGCGAGGUGGUGUCGGGUUGGAGUCGCGUACGGGAUAAUCCCACGGAGAGGGGUUGGUGCUGCGUGCAGCCUUGGUGGGAGUGACGUCUCCUGGUGUCUACAGAAACAUCGCGACAGCUUCUCAGUGGUGCAUGGCGGGGUAGCGACCUCACUGUCGGUGCCACAGCCUCCGCGGAGAGUCGGUUUCCACCUGGACUGGGACGCGGGGCGGCUGUCGUUUUACAGUGCCGACUCCAUGGCGCUGUUGUACUCGUUUAAUAAAACCUUCACUCAGCCUCUACACCCUGGGCUGUGGGUGGGGUGGGUGUUGUUCGAGGGUAAAGUUGGUGACUCAGUGAGGAUUGUGGAUCUGAGUGGCACGCCCUGAUGGAGGUGAAGGUGAACAGCGCAGAGGGCAGACGCCACCACGACGCACGGCGCUUGCCACCCUCGUCACCGCCACGCCCGUGACUGGCUGGUGGCUGUCGGUGGCUCGGGGCUGCGUGGCUCUCCAUCACAACGGGGGGGGGGGGCUGAGCGUAAACAAUCCUCACAAUCUUCAUUAGGUGGGGGUGAUAAAUUGAGUACUGCUCUGUGUGUGUGUGAAGCCAACGUGGAUGUGUUCACCCUGCCAGAGGAGUGUGACUGUGAUGUAGGGGUGCAGUGAGUAGCAAUGGUGAAUUGGGAUGUGUUUAUACACUGGUGGUGUCAUGGGUUGUGGGAGAGACACAACAACAAAACUAUUAUAUUCUUUACGUUCUUUCGGUAAAGUCACGUAGAUUAAAAAAAGAAGAAUAUGAAAAAUUUAAUAAUAAACAUUAAAUACAAAUUUUAAAUGAAAAACCAAAAAUUCAUGACGUUUGAUCGCAACACAAGCGGUCGUCAUCAGUCAAGAAAAGUUUUAAGUCAAAACAAUAAUAUUCAUUUUUAAAAGUAUAAAUGUGCGCGUACGACUGUGGCAAUGUAACGCUUGUAUCAUCGAUUCUACAAUAAAAAUACACAACAACAACAA